CGUCAUGUCAGUUGUUGCUCUAAUGGCUGCUGCAGCUGCUUCUUCCUCUUCCUGUCCUGCCUUUUUGGAGAAUAAUACAAAUGAAGAGCAAAAUGAAGAUAUGGAAGAGGAUGAAGAGGAAGAGGAAAUUGAGGCAUAAUAAUUUUUAAAAUAAAUUCAAAAAAUUUUUCAAAAAUUUUUUAGCCGCUAACAAAUAAUCUGGACGUUUCAACGCCUCAAAAUAAUUUUAAACAAAAUUACAAUAAUUUUAAUAACAUUCAAAAUGUUCAUCAAAACAAUAAAGACAACACAACAAUUAAUAAUAAUGCAGCUUCUGCAGCCUGUAAAGCAUUAUUUCAACAAUUGUUUGGGGGAGGAAAUGAAGCUACCACUCCACCCCCAAAUGAGCAACUUCUACGUUUUCUAUCUCAAAUAAAUGGAAUGACACACGUAUCUGAUUCUAACAACCAGCAACAACAAAAUAAAAUUAAAAUUGAAGAAACAAUAGUGCCUAAUUUUAAAUCAACAAAUUCAUUUUUGUCCACAAAAUGUAAACAAUGUGGCAAGAGCUUUCGGAAACCGCGCGACUUGCUCUCUCAUCAGGCUACCGCCCACAAGCUUGUAAAUGGCCAAGACAACAACAACAACAACAACAACAAUAACAUAUUUCCUAAUAAACCGGCACAGACAGACACCCCCUCCCAACAAUCCUCCCCUUGCAACAGCGUUUUUUCUGCUUCAUCGGAUCUAAAAUCCUCAAAUAAUUUACCAGAAAUUUUGGCUAUUGAACUCAAAAGACUCCGAAAAACAAUUUUAAAUUCAAAAAAUAAUGAAGAGAAUGGGGGCCAAUUAAAUUUAAAUAAUUCCGGCAGCCUUGUACGCGUCGAGCAAAUUCUGGGGCAGCUCGAUUCGCGUGUUUGUCGGCUUGAAAAACAGGUGGAAAUGGCGUUGAAUAGGUAAGAAGGGUUGAUUAAAUAUUCUGUUAGAACUUGAGAUGUUUAGGUGAACAACCUACCAUUUAUUCGAAAGUUAAUAAGCUAGAGACCGGACUGUGAGUGUCGUACGAGAAUCGAGAUCUCGACAAAUUUUCUAUCUCGAUCUCGAUAACCGAGAUUAGAUCGAGAUCUCGUCUCGGUCCUGUAUAUACACUAAGCUGACUACUCCCCCCAUUUAUUCGCGAGUUAAUAGGCCUAUGUUUCUGCUUGUUAUCGUUGUCCCCCGUGAGAUGCUUGCGUCUUCGACUUUACUAUGGUUACUUUGACAUUUUAAGCUAUCGAAUAAAUGGG